AUGAUGGGCCAUAAAAUAAGUUAACUUAUCUAUCACCCUCCCAUGUUGAGCGAAGCCGAUUUCUAAAUCUAAGAAUCCCUACAAUAUAAGAGUGAGUUCGGCACGGCGCUAUCACUUUCAAACUCAAACAUCACAGACCGGAAGCAGCAAUCGACGGCUACCUGCAAGUAGUCGGAGCCGUUGAAUCCCGGCGUUUUCUCAUAUACUGAAAGCUGUGCCUAAGCCCCAGUCAUGCAAAGAAAAAAGGAUUCAAUUGUCUCUGCAAAGGCUACUAACCAAAGAUGCAAUGAAGCAAAAGGGGAAGUUGAAGGGGCAGAAAGUCAUGAACUUUGCCCUUAUUUUGAUAAUCUUCCAUCCCACCUCGCUGCCAACAUUUUGCUUCAACUUCCCAUAAAAUCUCUUCUUGUUUGUAGAUGUGUGUGCAAAAUCUGGAAAACAAUAAUUUCAGAACCACGUUUUGCUAAAUUGCACUUUGAGCGAUCACCAUUUAGUCUCAUGAUUCGGACCCAUCGCUUCAAUCUAGUGUCAAGAACCCUGCAUCUUCUUGAUUGUCAGCCUGAAACAUAUGAUUUUGGAAGCAAAAAUCUUGUUAAGCUUGACUGUAUGACCAAGCUUCCACUUCGUGAUGGCAAAUUAUUUAAGGAGAAAAGGGAAAAAAUCAAGAAUAAAUCCAUGCACCCAUUUCAUGCUGAUACAUUAUUUUUUAACAAAUAUAGUCUUGGUAUUCGGGAUGAUAGACGAUGGCGUUAUUAUGCUGAUUGCAGGAUAUCUCAUGAUAAGUUUAAUAUUAUUAAUUCUUGCAAUGGUUUGCUUUGUUUGUCUGACCCAUCUACCGAAAACCCUUUAGCGAUUUGCAACCCAGUCACGGGGGAGUUCAUAAGACUUCCUAAAGCUACUAAGGCUCCUUUCAAAUUAAACACAAAUGGAGUAAGAAUGAAAGGACACUCUGGUCUAGGUUUCCAACCUAAAACUAAUGAAUAUAAGGUGAUAAAAAUGCGGAUAAGACAUGUUGAACGUGCCAAAGAAUGGGUGUUUGAGCGUGUUAUCCUUGAGGUAAACACACUUGGAUCACCAUCAUGGAGGAAUGUUGAAGUGGAUCCUCGUAUUUCUAUUUUGAGCCUUGAGUAUCCCACUUGUGUGAACGGCGUGUUUCAUUGGAUCAAACUUGAUGGGCAGCAAAGGUCAAUAUUAUGUUUUUGUUUUGAAAGUGAGAGGUUGCAGCCAUUUCCUUCUCCUCCACAUGUGUUCGAAAAUCAUAAUAAUGAAAUUCAUGAUAACAGACGUAUCAGCAUGGGAGAGCUAAAGGGGUUUAUUUACAUUUGUGACUUGAAUUUUUCCCUUGUUACAAUGUGGGUUAUGAAUGAAUAUGGCAUUGAAGAAUCAUGGACUAAGGCUUACAACAUCGAGACUUCGUUCAAUUCUCGGAGCUAUUCUUUUUCAUGGCGUCAUGGUUUCUGCUGGCCGGUAAAACCCUUUGAAGAAGGUGCUUCCAUAUUUUUAUAUCAUUCCCGCAAUUGUUUAAUUCACUGUGAACCUGAGAAAUGUGAACCUGAGAAAUAUCGACGCAAGGUUUUUCAAAUUCGUGGGGCUUGUUCAGCACUUAUUGAUGUAAUUCCACAUAUUCCAAGUCUAAUCUCACUUAAGGAUGUCGUGAAAGGAGACAAUAUUGAGGUGCUGAGCAUUCAUUCAAGGUAUGCUGAGUAUAAAAUGUCGGAAGAAAAUGAAGUUCUUUUCUUGGCGAAAUGGUUUACUCGAGACUUGGUGUCCAAAGUUGAAACGGCAUGAAGAAAAUGAAGAUCUUGACGUGAUAAGUAACCCUCCCUCCUCCGGUAGUGAGGCUUUUGGCGAAGAGUACAACUACUAAGAAUAUUUUGCAUACAGUAGGAAUGGUUAUGCUAAAUUAUAAACUUAUGAUUAGGCUAGUUGUCAUUUUUGAAAAGAAAUAGAUGUUUUAAGUUGCAAAUGACGUACUUUUUGUAAACUUUAAUCUAGACUAGAUGUUCAUGUUGCAAAUUAUAA